AUGUCCACCAACCAGUCCCACGCCGUCGACUCUACCACCCAGUCCUCCGUCCCCUAUGGUGUUCAGCAGAACGCCCCUCAAGGUCUCGAAGAGUCUCUCCCUGACUCUAUCCACAACACCGAUCCCACCAAGGACGAGCGCAGCGUAUCUCACGCCACUGGCGAAUCCCUCGUGCCCGAGGCUAUCCAGAAGGCUGCUCCUGAGGGCCUUGAGAGGGCUCUCCCCGAGUCUAUCCACCCGACCAACUGUAUAAAUGGCUGGUCGAACUCGUACGGCGCGCAGAGGAGGAUGGAAUGA